AUGUCAGGAGGGAAACAAAUACGUAUUACAGCACUUUUGGUGCUAGACACAAUUUUUUUCUUACUAGAAAUUAUCAUUGGUUAUAUGUCCCAUUCUCUAGCUCUAAUUGCCGAUUCAUUCCAUAUGUUAAAUGAUAUAUUCUCCUUAUUGGUGGCCCUAUGGGCCGUCAAAGUGGCUAAGGAGAGAGAUCCUGAUGCUAAAUAUACUUAUGGAUGGAAACGUGCAGAGAUUCUUGGUGCUUUAGUCAAUGCUGUGUUUUUAAUCGCAUUAUGUUUUUCUAUCUUCAUUGAAGCAUUACAAAGACUGAUUCAACCAGAGGAGAUUACUAAUCCUAAGUUGGUCAUGUAUAUCGGUAUCACGGGGUUAUUAUCAAAUUGUAUUGGCUUACUCUUGUUUAGUGAGCACGACCACGGCCACAGUCAUGGUCACAGUCAUGGCCAUUUCGAUUUUCCUAGCGAAAACCAAUUAACAUCCCAUUCACAUUAUCACCCUUCAGAAGAUUUAGAAUCUACUGCCGUCGACGAUAGUGGCGAUGAACACUCACACUCCCAUUCCAUAAAUAGUAGUGUGGACACAUUCGCUGUCACUGAUAGAACUCUUCAAAUGUUGUCGUCCGAACACACACCCCUACGGUCAAGAAAUCAUCCCACCGCCACUAAACAAAAGAAACAACGAUCAUUAAAUAUGCAUGGGGUCUUUUUACAUGUCCUUGGUGAUGCCUUAGGCAACAUUGGUGUUAUCGUCGCUGCUUUGUUCAUCUGGAAAACAGAUUAUUCCUGGAGAUUUUACAGUGAUCCAGUCGUCUCUUUGCUCAUUACUGGUAUCAUCUUUGCCUCUGCUUUACCGUUGGCCCAUAAAGCUUCACAUAUCCUGUUACAAGCCACACCAAAGAGUAUCUCUGCAGAGAUUAUUCGUCAAAGAAUUGAACAAAUCCCAGGUGUGGUGGAGGUCCAUGAUUUCCAUAUUUGGAAUUUGACGGAAUCUAUCACUAUUGCAUCUAUUCAUGUUAAAUUGGAUUUACCAGCAGAAAAUUACAUUGAGACUGCCAAAUUAAUAAGAAAUUUGUUUCAUGAAUACGGUAUCCAUUCAGCUACCGUACAACCGGAAUUUGUCUCUGGCAACGUUAAUGAGACCACAAGAAGAAGAUUUUCCAUCAUUGCAGGUGAUGUAAGUGGAUCUGGCAUAUCCUUAGUUUCUGGAGACAGCACUACAAAAAUGAACAACAGUCACCAAAAGUCUUCUGUUAAGGACAGCACCUAUGGGUCCACUUCUGCAGGUCGCUGUGUUAUUGAUAAUGCUGUGAAUUGUAGUCAAGAAAAUUGUAUGAACGAGUGA